GUUCAGAGAUACUUGUAAGUCCUGAGGCUCACAAAGCAAUACAAAGUGACAGACCAAUACGAAGUGAAAAAGAAAGAGAAAGUAAUGUGCCAGAUAAUGACAUAGUCCUAGAUUGGGGAGCAAAGCAAGAGUAUGAGCAGAGCGGUCAAGUGUACGAAGCCUAUUGUUUGCAUGUUAAAAAACCAUCAAAAUCCUUACAAAAGGUUACAGCUUCCUUACAAAAGGUUACAGCUUCCCCCAGCUACUCCAAGAAGGAAGAAGCUUUUGGUUCCAGUCACAGGGCUGCCCCCAGCUACUCCAAGGAGCAAGAAGCUUCUGCCCCCAGUCACAGGGCUGCCCCCAGCUACUCCAAGGAGCAAGAAGCUUUUGGCCCCAGUCACAGGGCUGCCCCCAGCUACUCCAAGGAGCAAGAAGCUUCUGCCCCCAGUCACAGGGCUGCCCCCAGCUACUCCAAGGAGCAAGAAGCUUUUGGCCCCAGUCACAGUGCUGCCCCCAGCUACUCCAAGGAGCAAGAAGCUUUUGGCCCCAGUCACAGUGCUGCCCCCAGCCACUCCAAGGAGCAAGAAGCUUCUGCCCCUAGUGACAGUGCUGCCCCCAGCUGCCCUGAUGAGCAAGAAGCUUCUGCUCCCAGUGACAGUGCUGCCCCCAGCUGCCCCGAUAAGCAAGAAAAAUGAUAAAGAAAAGACAGCGUCAAAGUGGAAUGAAAACGAAAACAAUGUCAACUGUCAAGACAGUAAAAACUCUUACCCAUGUCUAAAACAACACCCAAUUGAUUUAAACUAUGUCAUAGUCAAUCAUUGUACUUUAUCUCAAUUUAUCUAAUGUCUCACUGCACCAGUCACAAUAUGUCACAACUCACCGCACUCGCGUGAUAUACGUGGUCAGAUUGAAACGCAGUUAUAAGAUAUGAACUGCAAUAAUCAUCUUACGUCACCUCUUAGUAGUAUUUGAGCUCGUUAGUGAUUGUAGUUAUAGAUUUAGAUUUUUGGGCUGUUAAUUUAAAUAUAAUUUUAUUAAAUAUUUAGAGUUUAUUAAUUAUAAGUCGAAAAUGUAUGGUAUGUUCAUUGUUCAUGAUGUUUAUCUUUAUAUAUUGGCUUAAACUAACCUUACAUUAUCAUAUUGAAACUUUUCA